AUGAAGUUGAUUCAUAAAGACAUAGAAAAAGAUAAUGCCGGUCAGGUUACACUGGUGCCAGAGGAGACGGAGGAUAUGUGGCACACUUAUAAUUUGUUACAAGUUGGCGACAGUUUGAGAGCAUCCACAAUCCGAAAGGUUCAGACUGAAUCCACGACUGGGAGCGUGGGCAGUUCCAGAGUGCGGACCACUUUGACUCUAUGUGUUGAGACUAUUGACUUUGACUCUCAUGCCUGUCAACUGAGAGUAAAAGGCACCAACUUAGAGGAAAAUCAGUAUGUCAAGAUGGGGGCUUACCACACUAUUGAAGUUGAGCUCAACAGGAAGUUCACACUUGCCAAGAAGAACUGGGAUAGUAUCGACCUGGAUCGAAUUGACCAGGCUUGUGAUGUGGCACAGAAGGCAGAUGUGGCAGCUGUGGUGAUGCAGGAAGGUCUCGCUAACCUUGUCCUUGUGACGCCGGCUAUGACUCUGCUGAGAGCAAAAGUGGAACUCACUAUUCCACGCAAAAGGAGAGGAAGCUGCACUCAACACGAGAAGGCCCUUGAGAGAUUUUAUGAGGCAGUGAUGCAGGCAAUUAUCCGCCACAUCAACUUUGAUGUGAUAAAGUGCAUCCUUGUGGGUAGUCCUGGCUUUGUCAAAGACCAGUUCAUCACAUAUCUCUUCAAAGAGGCAGUUCGACAUGACAUUAAGAUUCUACUUGAAAACAGACCAAAAUUCAUGUUAGUCCACUCGUCCUCAGGACACAAGUAUUCUCUCAAAGAAAUUCUCUCUGAUCCCACUGUAACCAGUCGACUGUCUGACACAAAGGCUGCUGGAGAAGUGAAGGCUCUGGAAGACUUCUACAAAAUGCUUCAACAUGAACCCGACAGAGCAUUUUAUGGAGUGGCUCAUGUGGAGAAAGCAGCUGAAGCACUGGCGAUAGAUACUCUGCUGAUAAGUGACAAGCUCUUCAGACAUCAGGAUAUUGCAACAAGGAGCCGUUAUGUGCGACUAGUGGACAAUGUGAGAGACAAUGGUGGAACUGUCAGAAUAUUCUCAAGUCUUCAUGUUUCUGGUGAACAAUUGACUCAGUUGAGUGGAGUGGCGGCCAUCUUGCGAUUUCCCAUCGCAGACCUUUCUGAGCCGGAGGAUGACUCUUCUGAUGAAGACUAA